AUGAACUUUAAAAUAGAUGAACAAAUAAGGGAGUACAAUUUGCUCAAGGACAGGUUUGUUGAUACCGAAACAGAAUUGCGUAAAUUACGAGAUACUUUGAAAGUAGUGCAGAAGAAGGCAAGCAAAGUCGAUGAAUUAGAAGCGCAGAUAAAAACAUUGGAGCAAGAAAAUGAGCAAUUAAAGAAUUGUCUGAACAAAAAUCAGCCUACAAAAGAAAGAAAUGAGACACCAGUAAACAAAGCUAAUAACAAAGAUAAGCGUGUAGUGGUAUGCGUGGCCAUGAAACCGACAUGUAAUAUAGAAACCGCUGCGGAGAGUUUUGAUAAAGAACAACUAUCGACAGAUAAUACAGAAAAUAAGAUGGAAACUAGCAAAAAGAAAGGAUCAUGGAUAACUGUACAGAAAAAGAAAUAUCCUGAGAGGCAAGUCUUAAGAGGAGGAAAUACUGGUACAGGAAAUAUUCAAGUGGAAAAAGAAUUGGAGGUGCGCGCGGCUGAGCCAAUCGUGCCGCCCGACCCACAUCAUCCUCCGCUCGCCAUUGUGGUGCAGCGGGGGCGUACGCGGUACGGCGAGCAGCUCGCGCCGGCGCCACUGCUAGCUGAGUCUGAGGGGGAGCAAUCAGACGCAUACUGGAUGGAACUUCUAUAA